CAAAAAAUCAGGAAGGGAUUCAUAGAGAUUUUGGCGAAAAAAGCUUAAAAAACACUCGAAUUUUGAACACCGAAUGAAAUAUUUCUUUCACAUUUCAUUCUAGAAACCUUUGGAAUCUAGAAUUCGAGAAUCAGUACGAGAACAGUAGGAGGGAGCCAGAGAUAUCGAGCGAUAAGUAUCUUGCUUUUUUCUGUAUUCUAUAGCACGUGUUUUUGCUUGUCUUUGGUUUUUCUUUUUUUCUUUUUCCUAGAUUAUGGCCCAAUUACCCAAGUUUCGAAGAACCCAGAGUGAAGAGCCAUGGCUGAAGCCAACAACUGACAAGUGCCACGACGAACAGAAGAAGAGUAAGCAGUUCGAGAACUGCAAAUGUAAACCUUUGGAAGUUAGCGACAGUAGCAAAAGUAUAAUGGUGUCAAAUGCAUCGAGUUGCACACGGGAUGUCGACGCUUCUGCUCAUCUUGAUCAUGGUCAAGCAGAUUUUAACUCUACUGUAUCUGAUGGGCAUGACAAAGAGGGCAUUGACAAAGUAAGAGCACUUGCGUCUGUCUUGGUAUUAUUGAGGGAUAAAUAUUAUAUUUCAAACUCCCAAGCACAAGAAAUUAUCAGGCUGUGGAACAACAUGGAAGACCAUGAUAAGCAACGCACCAAUUUUGUACGAAGACAGUACUCCCAAUGGCCAGAUUGCAAUAGCUAUGUUGAAGCUGUCAUCAAAAUGCUUUGUGAAAUGUAUCCUGGGCCAGUACUUUCAACGAGACGCAAUAAACAAUGGAAUCUCAUUUGCACAGCAUACGAAAGAAUAAGAGAUGUUGUUAUUGACAAUCCCUUAGUUAUGAGAGGGACUAGGAUACAGAUGGUGAAGAUCCACCCCACAGCACUCUUUCAAUGGUACACAAGCCAGGAGAUUGAGAAGAAGAAAGAUCUGGGUGUUGUUAAACAAGGAUCAAUGCCACUUCCUAUAACCAUACCAUCAUCAGAGGUUCCGCCACCAUCAGGUGUUCCAUUGCCAUCAGGUGUUCCAUUGUCAUCCGCUGUUCCAUUGCCAUCACCUGUUCCGUUGCCAUCAGCUCUUCCAUUGCCAUCAGCUGUUCCUCAAUUAUAUCUUUUAGUUCCUAUUCCAUCUCAAUUAAUUCCUGAAAACACCUCAGGAAUGGGAAAUUUCACUCAACCUUCUUAUAGUCCACCACCUCUUUCAAUUGCAACUAAACAUGAAAUUCCAAUCCUGCUGAAGCCCAUGUCAAUUCAGGUCACAGCCACCACAACAGUGCAAGUGGGUGUGUCAGGCUUAUCUGAAAAAACAGCAAUUAGAGAUAAAAGAUAUUACUACCAAAAACAAAAAAGGAAAAAAGAAGCAUCCAGUGUUACAUUUAGAAAAUAUGUGCGCACUGAUAAACCAAUUGUCUGUGGUCAAUGUAAACAGCCAAGAGACCCUGCAUCACACAGGCAGUACUUUGGGAACUGGCAUUGUGCAGCGUCUCAAACGAAAAGUUAUGAACAGUGGAGGGAUGAACUCAAAAAAACAAAAAAAUACUGUAAGAAAAAGAAAGAUUAAAAAAAUGAAAAGAAGAAAAACAAGGGAGAAAAACAGCAACAACCAUAAAACCUGCUUGUUGUGAGUGCUGGCCACCUUAACAUUUGGAGGACCCCUUGGUCGAGGAAAUGUCUGCUGGUCUUGCAUACAACUCUUCUUGAACAUGUCUUUUAUCCAGGAGACCAGUCAAUACUGCCUCUUAUGGUAAAAAAAGUGGAAAUUCCCACUGUUAUACUGUUUUAUGUUAACUUAGGGAACAUGAACUUAUUAUAAAAAGUAUGAUGUAAUGUCCUGCUCACCAACAACUUGUUUCCAUCCAAYGCCGAGUGCUGGGCGGCGGUUAAUUAGCCUGGCCACCUUAGCUUGACAGGCUGAGGAGGGUUGUGGACCCCUUGAUGGAGGAAAUGCCAUCACAAAGCUG